AUCACACCAUCCCCCUGUGACGUGUAAUUUGCAGAUAAUGGCCGCCGCCUAAUAUAACAGUCUAGGAAAUCAUCUAAGAACCCAGUGAUGGCAUUACACCAGGGUGCGUUGGCUAUAUUCGAGAACAAUGUUGGUGUCAGCGAUGCCGUACUGCUUGACCCCGUAACCGAGGACGCCUUCAUAGACAACAUACAGGAACGCUUCAAACAUGACCAAAUAUAUACAUACAUAGGGACAGUGGUGGUGUCUGUGAAUCCCUACCAGAAGCUGCCUCUCUACAGACCAGACAUCAUAGAAGAGUAUCGCAGUAGAAACAUCUACGAGUUACCACCACACAUCUAUGCCAUCUCAGAUGAGGCCUACAGAUCAAUGCGAGACCGGGAUCUGGACCAGUGUAUUAUUAUUUCCGGGGAGAGUGGCUCUGGAAAAACAGAGGCCAGUAAGGUGAUUAUGCAGUAUGUUGCUGAGGUAUCUGGCAAGGGUCGAGACAUCGACAGGGUUAAAGAACAGCUGCUGCAGUCUAACCCAGUCCUUGAAGCAUUUGGAAAUGCAAAGACGCUUCGAAACGAUAACUCAUCCAGAUUUGGCAAAUAUAUGGACAUAGAGUUUGACUUCAAAGGUGAUCCCAUAGGAGGAGUGAUUACAAACUAUCUGCUGGAGAAGUCCCGCGUGGCCAGCCAGUCCAAGGGGGAGAGGAACUUCCACAUCUUCUACCAGCUUCUUGCAGGGGGAGAUAAAACCUUACUAGACUCCCUAAAGCUGACAGGCCAGCCAGAGGACUAUGGAUUCCUUAACAAGAGCGGCUGUAUCCGCGUGCCCACUGUCGACGAUGCCGACAAUUUCAACCAGGUCAAGACCGGUAUGGAGGUGAUAGGCUUCACAUCUUCAGAAAUCACAGACGUUCUACAACUGGUCGCAAGCAUUCUCAAGCUAGGGAACAUCCGCUUUGAUCACCGUGGCAACGCUGAUGGAACCGACGGCUGCACCAUUGCCAACAUGGCUGAUCUGGGCGAGGUGUGUGAGUUGUUGGGCUGUGUGGGAACCAAUCUGAAGGAAGCUCUCACCCAGAGAACGGUGGAGGCAAAACGGGACAAGGUCAAGACGGACUUCAGUGUGUCUGGGGCUGUGUAUGCGCGGGACGCACUCUGUAAGGCCAUCUACAGUCGCCUGUUCUCCUGGCUGGUCCAGCGUAUUAAUGAUAGUAUCAAGGUCAGGAGGGGAGGCCUGGCAGUCAAGACAAAAGUCAUGGGGGUGCUGGACAUUUACGGCUUUGAAGUGUUCCAGAACAAUGCAUUUGAACAGUUCAUCAUAAACUACUGUAAUGAGAAGCUGCAGCAGAUCUUCAUCGAGCUCACCCUGAAGGAGGAGCAAGAAGAGUAUGUAAGGGAGGGUAUAGAAUGGAUUCACGUGGAUUAUUUCAACAAUGCAGUCAUCUGUGAACUCAUAGAGAAGAGCAACGUGGGCAUACUGGCUCUACUGGACGAGCAAUGCCUGUUGCCCGGCAACGUGACUGACAGGACGUUCCUGGAAAAGCUGAACCAGAAGUGCUCAAACCACCCACACUACGAGAGUCGUAGUCUGAAAAAGAAUCAGAGUGACCGCACGCUGCCCCACGAUACAUUUAGGCUCAAACACUAUGCUGGAAAUGUGACCUACCAAGUUGAGGGAUUCAUUGACAAGAACAACGACCUUCUAUACCGGGACUUAUCACAGGCCAUGUACGGCUGUAAACAUCCACUCCUGCGAAAACUCUUCCCUGAGGGAAAUCCCUCCCAGAAGUCUUUGAAACGACCCCCAACUGCAGGGUCACAGUUUAAGAUUUCUGUGCAAGAACUCAUGAACAACCUCCAGAGCAAGUGUCCAAACUACAUUCGAUGUAUAAAGCCGAACGAUGAGAAGGCAAGCAAGAAGUUUGACGUGGACAUAGUGAGACAUCAAGUUAGAUACUUGGGCUUAAUGGAAAACAUCCGAGUCAAGAGAGCGGGAUACGCGUUCAGGCAGGUAUACGCCACAUUCCUCUAUCGCUACAAGAUGCUUGCAGAGGCCACGUGGCCGUUCUGGACUGGUGAUGCCAUCGAUGGCGUAAGAGAGAUUCUAAACUAUCAGGACAUACCCGGGGACGAGGUUGCUUUCGGGAAGUCUAAGCUCUUUAUCAGGAACCCCAAAACGCUGUUUGACAUGGAAGAGCGGCGAAGGGAGAGAAUGCACUACCUGGCUACGCUCAUUCAGAAGGUAUGGAAGGGACAUGUAAAGAGGGAGCACUUCCUGUUGAUGAAGCGAAGCCAAGUGAUCAUCAGCAGCAGAUUCCGGGGCUACUGGGGACAGAAGCAGUACAAGCGUAAAAAGGCGGCAACUCUGUACCUACAGUGCUGCACAAGACGAUGGAAGGCUCGUAAGGUCCUGGCUGAUUUGAAGUUCCAAAGACUCUUGUUGCUGUCGACAAUUGUCCUUCAGAAGUAUUGCAGAGGUUGGCAGGCAAGGAAGAUUCUUGCGGAGCUGAAGUUGGAAAAGCGACGCCAGUGGGCGGCAGGAGUCAUAUAUAAGUACUACCAAGGAUAUCGAGUCAGACGGGACUAUAAACCAAAGUUCCGACGCAUUGCGGGGCCUAAGGUUGCACGCUUCAUGGUGGUAGCCUUGAGGCGCAAGUUCCUUCUAAAUUUACGGGACCAUCUACCUAGCCUGUCUCCAGUGGACACAAAGUGGCCUGCAGCCUCUAAGCGGUUCCAGACGGCUUCUGACACUCUACGGAACCUGCACCAUCACUGGCGGUGCCGCAAGUACCGCAAGAAGCUAAGUGAAGCACAGAAGUAUCGACUGAGGGAGAAGGUGGCAGCCAGUGACAUGUUCAAGGACAGGAAGGCGUGCUAUCCUGAAAGUGUGGCGCCACCAUUCAAGGGAGACUACUUGGACAUUCAGGGAGAUCUGAAAUGGAAGAAGAUUCAGCCCAUUAUCAAGGACAUGAACCUCGUUUUCGCUGACAUCGUUCACAAAGUAAACAGGGCCGAUGGAAAGAUUGUGCCCCAGCUGCUGGUAGUAACAACGCAGACGUUCAUUGUGGUUGACCAUAACCAGAUGAUGGUCAAGUACAAGAUUCCCAUCGAGUGCGUAACCAGUGUGUCAUUGAGCCCGUUCCAAGACAAACUGGCAGUGUUUCAUAUGAAAAAGCCCGAGAAUGGUGACACUUAUCUGAAGAAGGGCGACUUUGUGCUUGGUAACGAACACGUCAUAGAACUGGUCACGAAGACGUGUCUUUGUAUCAAAAAUAAGACUGGGCACUUACCAGCAGUCAACAUCAACUCACAGUGCAGUGGUCAGUUUGGAAAGUCUGCAGUGCAUGUGUCCUUCCAACAGGGGAUCAAAGGUCAGGAGAACGGGGGUCAAGGUCAGGGUCUCAAGGUCACGAGAAAGAAAAACUCUAUGCUGAUAAUGGAGGCGUGAAGAACUGGCUUUCUUGUGUGUGGAUGCGUGACAGACAUUGUGUUCAGAUAAAGGUUUACGGUGUGCGACGGCAGUUGAUAGUGGGUCAUCUUUUAGCCUUGGACGCCGUGUUUUUUUUUAUCGUUUGAGGACUAUAGUAAUUUAAAUAUGUCGUUUUUGUCUACAAGAUUGUUAAUCUUUGUAAAAAUUAUUACAUUAUCGUUAAUAUUAAGAUCCUGUUUUACCAAAGAUCUUGCAUUGAAUACCGGUAAGUUUAAAGCUUUAGUAUGUAGUAUGUGUUUAGUAUUUUAUUUUUUGCUCAACUAUUAUAUAUGAAAUAUAAAUAGUGGAGCUAUCCUACUCACUCCGGCAUCGGCGUUGGCGUCGGCGUUAGCGUUAGCGUGAGCGUUCAAAUAAUAAAGUUUACGUACUACCCCAAUUAUUUCCUAUGUCCUUUGACAUUUUGCUUUUAUAUUUUGCAUUCUACUUUACCAAUAUGACCUCAAUCUAUAUACAAGAGCAGACAACUGUAUCAAGCAUUUUGACAGAAUUAUGGCCCCUUUUAUACCUAGAUAAUUCAUCAUUUUGCUUAAAUUGCCAUAAAUUCUUUAUUUAUGAUCACAUUUGAUUCAUACAUUGACAAAACAUACUUACCUGACAUACCACAAUGCACUCCACCCAAACCAUGCUCCACCCAAGAAUCCCCCCCCCCAAAAAAAAAAUUUGUUAUCCUUGUUUUUGAAAGAUUAUCUAUUAAAUUACUACACAACCACAUUAUACCCCCCUCCCAAUGAUGGCUUACGUUAUACUGUCAAGCACUCUAAUAGUCGAGCGCAUCGUCCUCUGACAGCUCGUAUUAUGAUUAGGUUGCAAUAUCAAUAAAAUAAAUACGAUUUCAAAAAAUACAAAAUCAAGUGAACAUUGUGAAUUGUACCUAAUCAAUAAAUGAAACCACAAAACAUACGUCAUCAAAGAUGUUCGAACUUAGAAAAGUGUAUUUAUGAUUCUUCAUAAUUUAUUUAUUUUUGGUUAAUGUUCUGAAUGUUGCUCAUUUAAACUUGUCUCAUGGGCUAUAUAAAUAAGAAGACCUCUGUUUUUAAAGUUGACAUUUUGUCACUUAAAUAGAAAUGUUUUUCAUUCCAAAUUUAGAUAUGGCCGUCUUAUAUUCAAAAUAAGUAGUAUAAUUCUAGAGAAAAAGUUUAUUGCAGUGUGCGUUCGGUAAUGCUCAAACUUAUGAAAUGCCAGUAAAAACAACCUUUAUUAUGUUUUGACAACAAUAAUAAUUUCUAGUUGAUUUAAUACUUUCAAUGAAACCAUAAUUUUGACGGUUUCGGCUAAAUUAAGUUAAUGUGUUGUUUUCAAAACAAACACAUUUUAUGUGAACCAUAAAAGCAACAUUUUGUUGUUGGCGGUUGUUCAAACAAAGUGACUUACUGAACCAUUUGCCUUAAACAAGUGCUUUAUAUAUGUGUGUUUUCUAUAAAGUUUGUUUGUGAAUUGUUCUACCAGUGUGUUUUUUACAUUUAAAAAGUUACAUUGGGAAAAAUGUUUUAUGUAGUACAGUUUUUUUUACAAACAAUAUUUGCUGACAAACAUUAAUGCAUUUAUUGUUUAACUAUGUAUUUUUAUAAGAAUGUGACAUAUUUGUUGUAAUUAUCGUAUUUUUUAUAUAAACAACUUUUGUGUGUUUUUCAAGUUAUGUGCUUUUUAAGCGGGCUCACAUAUAUCAGUCUUUAAAACAAGGAUUAGUGAAAACCGGUUUUUUGUUGAAUACCUGUUGUUGUUUUUUCAAUUAUCAAAUCAAUUGUUCAGUCAUUUGAAUGUUACGUUAUAUGUUUUAGUGUAUUUAUGGUUAUUUAUAUGUCUGUAUUUAAGUUCUUUUGAUUUACAAAAAGAAGUAAUCCAUAGCAAAAAAGUUUCCUGUGCGGACUGAACUUUAAAAUGAUAAUCACCUAUGUUAAAAGUCAUGGACAUAAACAGUGGACUUAUGAGUCUGCAGUUUAUUUUUUAUUUUUUAUUCCUUAUUGAUUAAUUGUGCUAACUAAAUAUGGUUGUUGUCCAUUUAGUUUCUUGAUCAACAUACGUUUGAUUAAUAUUUAAUGUUGUCUUCAAGGCAAAACUCUCUUAUCAGCAUGCGUGCAAAACGUCCGAUAAGACAUUCUGUUUUAAAGCCAAUAUUAUUCGUAAUCUCUAUAGUGGUCAGUCAUGAAAUGAAUUAAUAUACAUUAAUAUUAUAUUUGAGUGCUAUUCAUUUCUUGACGUUGCUUUUUACAAUAAUGUUGACAUAAAUGUUGUGUUUUGUUACUUAAUAUUGUGAUAGAGUCAGGGUCCAGUGACCAUAUAUCGAUGUUCAUGUUAUUUAUUCCAGACACACUAUUGUAUUGCUUUCAUGUAUUUUUAGUCAGCAUUUUUGUCUGUAUUGUAAAUUUGUGAUAUAAUCGUUAAUCGGUUCACAUACUUAAAUGUGAUGUUUAUUGUACAAGCUAGUUUAUUGUUGCGUGUUAUUUUUUGACAUAAUUAUAUUGGUAUUUUAUACCAAGUUUAAGACAAAACCAUAUAAUAAUAUUUAUGAACGUGCUAAAUUUAGGACCAACAUGUUAUAUUUCUUUACUUGUUGCAUGCUUGCUUUUUGAAACAUGACGUUAUCUGACUUGUAUUCGAGAAUUGAUUGAUAUAAAAAUAUUGAAUACUUACAUUAUUGUCUUAAAAUUUGAUGGACCAACGACUUAUUGUUGUUUAUAGUUUUUUCUGGACGUGCAUCAAUUGUCCAUCCUAUCGUGACGUUAUCAACUUAUGUAAAUACAUGCAUCACAAUUUGUAUGGAAACAUAUUUCCAUCGAACAUGAAUAUAUUUCACCAUGAACGACUUUUUCUCAACAAAUUUAUAUGCUCCACAAAUGAAUUUACCACCCUGUGACUUUAUGGACAAUUAAUUAAACGAAUUUACAUUCUUCAAAAAAAGAUCGUCAAGUAUGGAAAAAAACAGAUAUAGUCACACAUGUCACAUAUAUAGUAAUGUUGUUGUAUUAAAUUAUCGUUUAUCUUUGCGCAUAUUUUUACUUCUUUUUGUUGUGUUUGGUUUUGUAUUUGUACAUUUUGGAACAAUAAACAAGACUACUAUUA